UGAUACUGCAAGCACGUGGAAGCACACCACGUAGCAGAUGAGGAAGGAGGCAGUUCGUAGCCGACUAUGCGAGCUAGGGCUCUAUCCUGCACAGCAAUGGACGAGGACAUGGUGCAAGUUACGACGCCAGAGGGAAAGGAAGUAUAAGUAUAGGAGGGUAUUCCCGUUCUUUUCAAAUCAUCACUCUCAUCAGUGUCACUCACUCUACUACCUUCGCUCUCGCAACUACAACAUCAACGUUCGGUAUCUUCACCAUGGUUCUCACCAACUUCCUCGCUGCCGUGGCAGUCUUCCUGCCCAUCGUCUACGGUGCCCCUACCGCUGCUGCCAACAGCCUGCACCCCGACAUCCUCGCUGCCAUGAAGCGCGACCUUGGACUUGAUGCCGAGCAGGCCCACGCUCGUGUUGCCCGCGAGCUCAAGGCCACCGAUGUCAUCGAGCAGCUCCGCACCGCCACCGGUGCCUCCUUCGGUGGUGCCUACCUCGUUGACGGUGACCUCACCGUUGCCGUCACCGACGAGGCCUCCGCCUCCGAGGUCGAGGCCGCCGGUGCUAAGCCCCUCCUCGUCUCUGUCCCUCUCUCCAAGCUCGAGGAGGCCAAGGCUGCUCUUGACAACAUGGACCUCGAGUCCGCCAAGCGCUCCGAGUCUGGCAUCGCCGCCUACUACGUCGACGUUGCCUCCAACAAGCUCGUCCUUGAGGCUCUCGCCGACAGCACCGCCUCCGCUGCCGACCUCGCCAAGAAGGUUGGUCUCACCGACUCCGAGUACGAGGUCAAGACCGUUGCCGCUAUGCCCACCGUCCUUGCUACCGUCCGUGGUGGUGACGCCUACUACAUCAACCGUGCCGGCCGCUGCUCCGUCGGUUUCUCCGUCACCGGUGGAUUCGUCUCCGCCGGCCACUGCGGUACCACUGGCAACACUGCCACCACCAGCGCCGGUGCCACCAUCGGUACCUUUGCUGGCUCCAGCUUCCCCGGCAACGACUACUCCUACAUCCGCGGCACCUCUGGCAACACGUACCAGGGCCGCAUCAACAACUACGCCGGCAGCACCCUCCCCGUCUCCGGCAGCACCGCCUCCGCCACCGGUGCCAGCGUCUGCCGCUCCGGUUCCACCACCGGUGUCUUCUGCGGCACCAUCCGUGCUCUCGGCGCCACCGUCUCCUACGCUGAGGGCCGUGUCACUGGCCUUACUCAGACUAACGUCUGCGCCGAGCCCGGUGACUCUGGCGGUUCCUGGUACAGCGGUUCUCAGGCCCAGGGUGUCACUUCCGGUGGCUCUGGUGACUGCUCCAGCGGAGGUGUCACUUACUUCCAGCCUGUCAACGAGAUUCUGUCUGCUUACGGUCUUACUCUUGCCCGCGGUUAAACGCUUGGAUGUGAGUUUGCUUUUGCCUAGCGAUGGAUGAUGGAUUGGAUGAGUGGUAUGAAUGUUUAUGAGGGGUUUUAUGAGAACUUUGAAGUUGUAUAUAGUUUGAUUGUUGAAUUGCAGUUAUGAUACCAGAAAUCUUCGUUUGAACUCUGAGAGUGAUGCAGUCAUGUUUGAGUGUGACUACUGUCUAGAGCAAGCUGGUCUUUGAGAAUCUUCCCCUCACGCAUUUUCGCCAUUUUUCAUCUCUAAAUCAUUGCACUCAGCUCAGAUCAUAUUUACGCUUCGAUUAACUGGC